AUGCAGCGCCUCGCCGCCGCCGGCUUCACCGCGGCUGGCGCCGUCGGCGGAGCCGCCGCCGCCGUGCUCUUCGGCGGCGCGUCGAGGCCGUCCAAAGAGGAGGAGCCGCCUCCGUCGCCUGCAGCGCUUGCACGGCGCUUCUGCCCGUAUGGACUGCCCUCGGACGAGCACGUAGUGGUCAAGCAGGGAUACGCUUCCAGCAUCAACUUUCGGCUGAGGAUCCCGAACUGGGUCGCGGAGCACUACUCGAGGGACCAGAGCGAUGCGGACGGAGUCGACCGCAAGCACUCCAAGUUCCGUGCCGACGAGAGCGUGCCGGCCGACUUCCGAGCCACCAACGACGACUAUCGAGGCUCGCGCCUGUCGCGCGGCCACAUGGCUCCCGCCGGCGCGCACAAGCAGUCCCAGGAGGCGCUGGACGAGACCUUCCUGCUCUCGGCCAACAUUCUGCCGCAGGAGCUCUCCAACAACGGCUCCGACUGGCUGCGGCUCGAGCGCUGGUCGCGCGGCCUGCUCAAGGAGUACAGCGACGUCUACGUCGUCUCGGGCGCCCUCGCGCCCGCGCACCAGCCCGCCGCCCGCCCGCCGCCCUCACCUUGGCACUGCAGGCCACUCUUCCUUCCGGACGACAGCUCCGCCGCGAGCGACGCGCCGCCUCCGGCAGCAGCCUCAGCCGCAGCCGCCGCCUCUGCCUCUCCGGCCGUCGACGCGAGUGCGGCCAGGCGGCGGCCCGGCCCACGGCGGCGGCGCGUCGCCUACGACGUGAUCGGUCCGCACGAGGUGGCUGUCCCGACGCACCUCUUCAAGGUGCGCGGCCACCCCGACAUCGACGAGUUCGCCGUGCCGCUCGCCGACGUGGAGCGCGCCUCCGGGCUCACCCUCUUCGAGGAACUCGGCGCGGCGCGCCACUCGGCGACGGAGAUCCGGCCGCUCUGCGGCGCGGGCGCGGCGGCACGGUGCGGCAGAGGCGCCAUGGACGGGCGGAUCGCGGGCUGGAAGCUGCUGGGCCACCUCAAGCUCGCGGGCGACUGCAGCGCGCUCGAGGAGGCGUGGGGCGCAGUGCCGCCAAAGACGGAGGCCUUCGGCUUGAUGCGGCGUACAUAUGAAGACCGAUCCGGGACGAUGGCGUGCCCGCUGGCAGAGAAGAGGGAGAGGAGAGGGGACAUGACAGCUGUGUGUGGAGAGGACAGGAACGACCUACUCUUCUCGUCGACGCACUUUUGCGGCCUGCCGCUCUUCGUGACGUGGGCCUUCCGGCUGGUGAAGCCCUUCAUGCGGCGCGAGACGUACGAGGCGAUGGUCCUCAAGCCCUCCUUCUCGCACCUAUCGGCGCACAUCACACCCGAGAACAUGCUGCCGCGGUGGGGCGGCACCUUCGAGUUCGACCUCGACACGGACUGGCGCGCCAAGGAGGAGGGCAUCGACGUGGCGAGCCUCUGUGCGCGCGGCGAGGGGCGCGCCUUCGAUACCAAGGCGGCCGCCGCCGCGCAAGCCGCGGCGUUCGCCGCGGCGCAGGGCGAGGACGGCGCGGCGGGCAGCGGCGGUGGCGACGGUGGCGGUGGCGGCAUCACGGCCCCCGAGAUGAUCGCCGCGGGCAGCGUGGCCCGGAAGGGCGUCGUGAGCAAGCGCGGAUCCGGCCGCGGGCUUUUCUCGACGGUGCGCUGGAAGCGCAAGCUCCUCGUGCUCAACCCGCAGGCCCUCUGCUACUUUGACGGCACCGACGAGGCCGAUACGACCAACAAGCUGGAUGAUGCCGCUGGACCCGUCGGCGACGGCCCCUCGCACCAGUUCGUCGUCCACGUGGCGGCCAAGGACUUUUUGUUUGGCGUCGACUCGAGCGCGGACGCGGACGAGUGGGUCAGCGCGGUCCAGACGGCGAUCAGCUCUCCGCCCAUCAGCACUCCGCCCGAGGAGGCCAUCGCGCGCAUCAAGCCGAGCAGCAGCAGCCCCGACGGCGACGACGACGACCUCGCCGUGGACGUCGCGGCAGUGCGAUGCGCCCCUCCUGUGUGCGAUUGGCCGGCGGGUGUUUUCACAACUUCGGCGCUGUGA